AAAUCAAAAUAGAAGUUGCUAAUCUCUUUCAUAUUUAUGUGCUUGAAGUUCUUUAGAUUUUAGAAAUGUGUGGUAAAGUAUAAUAUUAAAAAUAAUUAAAAGAUAUUCUUUUUUUCUUAUGUGAGAAACUAACAGAUUUUGUGAAAAGGAAAGAAAGAGACAGAUGCUUUUGUCAUGCUUACCACCUUUAUCCGUUGAAAAAUCUUCCACCGUAGACCCAAAGAUAUAUAAUUUGUAUACUUUAUCCUUUUAAGUUUGUGACAAAAAAAAAAGAAUCCUUUUAAGUUUUCUUCUUCUUAUAAAGAGAUGUGUAGACACAAAACAUUUUCAGAUUUUUCAAGCUUUCUUCUUCUAUCUGUGGAGGGGACCAGAUAAUCAAUCAGUAUACACAUAUAUUGGUCCGGUUCCACUUUUCUUGAUAAUAGAAUAGCUUUGGUUUCUCCAUUUGAGUUGAUUCUGGUUUUUGUAAAUCAACUAUCAUGAUCAAUUCCCAAGAAGAAUGGAUACUUAUACGUCUAUCGUCGUGAUCCUAUGCAUCGCUUUAUUUGCAAUCAAUCUAAUUUUUGCUUGUUUCACUUGCUUCUCCAUUCUUCAUAGCUUCAUGACAGAGACAACAAACCAGGAUUUUAGUGAUCUCAGGAAGAAUCUUAUUGAAUCGGAAGAAGCUAAACCAGAUGAUGAGAAGGUAAUGAUCAUUGCAGUCUCAAGUAACCAAGGAUUCUCUGGCUCUAUGGAUGGUGAUGAUUGUGGCCAAGAUUGCUCCCAUGAUAUAUGUGCUUGUUGAACAAAGGUAGAGAGUAUUACAUCUUAUGCAUCGGAAUCCAGAAAUGUUUUUUUUUUUCAUUUUAUAUCACGAGAAAUAGUAAUCUGAACAUGUAUUAUACUAUUUUAUGUGUAAUGUAUCCCCAUGUUUUAAUAUAGUUUGAACAUAUAUGUAUUAUACUAUACAUCAAACUCUCUAAUGAA